AUGGCGUGGUUCUCCAUUAUGCACGGCAGCAUCCGGUGUGCUAUUGACUACCAUCUGCCUCCCGUGAUCCAGCUGCUCAGCAAGAUUGCCUGCCACGCCGACUUGGCCAACAGCAUGUGCCCGCUGCAUGCAGUAAGCACCCAAUGUGCACCGAAUGAUGCGUGCACUCAUGGAACCGACCCUGCCACCAAGGGGUGCCACUCUGGAACCAGCCAGAGCAGUUAUGGCCACAUCUACCCUGUCACCAAGCCUGGCAAGUACCUGUGCAUGCUCUAUGCCCUCUUUGGGAUCCCCCUGAUGUUCCUGGUUCUCACGGACAUAGGGGACAUCCUGGCAACCAUCCUGUCCAAGUCCUACAAUCAGUUCCGAAAACUCCCUUUCUUCCCUCGCGCCCCCUCUGAGUGGUGCUCUGGACUGCGCUGCAGGAGGAAGCCCAUCGCCAAGCCAGGGGUGGCCUCUGUCCCUCGGAUCGUCAUCAGCGCUGAAGAUCCCCGUGGCCCCAAGUCAGGCAAGUGCCCCUCAGACCCAGGCAGCCACGCAGAGCUGUUGAAGAGUCUUCUCUUCGCACAAGAGAAAGAGAACCUGCUGGCCCUGGCCCCACGGUCCAUGGAGAGGAGCAACUCGUGUCCAGAGCUGGCGCUGGGGAGGCUGUCUGCCUCCAUCCUCAGCAACCUGGAUGAGGUGGGGUGCCAGGUGGAGAGGCUGGAUGUCCCCCUCCCUGUCAUCGUCCUGGUGGUCCUGGCCUACAUCUCCUGUGCUGCCGCCAUCCUCCCCAUCUGGGAGACCAACCUGAACUUCGAGAGCGCCUUCUACUUCUGCUUCAUCACACUGACCACCAUCGGCUUCGGGGACACCAAGUUGGACCACCCGACCUUCUUCCUGUUCUUCUCCCUGUACAUCAUCAUCGGGAUGGAGAUCCUGUGCAUCGCCUUCAAGCUGAUGCAAAACAGGCUCCUGCACGUGUACAGGGACCUCCUGCUGUGCCUGGCCACAGGGAGGUGCUGCCACCUGCCUAGGAAGUGA